GCAUAAAAACUACUGCAUUAUAUAUAUUUACAAAUAUAUAUAUGCAUAUGUAUAUAUAUAUAUAUGUAAGUGAAAGUUGAAUGAGUAAAGCUUAGUAAUCUUCUCACUUCAUGGCUGAGGUUCUCUACAGAAAAAAUCCCAUGUUUAAGCCUAAACAAGCCUGGAAUGAGAAAUCAAAGAUAUUUUCCUUUCCAUUCCGACUGAACUCAAGGCUCCAGAAAGAGGAUGAUCAUUAUCAAUAUGAGACAAAAUUUGGUCGAUGUAAAUCUGAAAGUAAGAAGACAAGUUGGGAUAAAACUUACGAAUUUACCCAGGAAACGGCUUUUCACGGUGUGAAAUAUAUAACAAGUGGACAUAAUAUUUUCCGAAAGAUAUUUUGGGCGCUGUUCACAUUUACUGCAGUUGCAUUUUUCCUAUAUGUUCUUGGUCAUAGGAUAAAAACGUAUAGAGCUUUUCCGAAAAGUGUAAACGUUGAAGUCGUUUACACAAAUCGCCUCAGAUUUCCAACUUUAACAAUCUGCAAUCAAAAUUUCUUUAGGACCACGAAGACUUUUGAAAUGGGCUUAUUCGAUAGAAUUGAAGAUGUUUUUGGAGGUUCUGAGGAUUCAGGCAUUUUAUUAAAAGAUUUUAAUGAAGAAAGUUGCGAAGAUAAGUUAAUAAAAACACCCAGAAAAUACUUGAAAGGCUUCGAAUCGUUAUAUAAUAGUUUCAAUGACGUCACUGAGAAAGUUUGUAAAUCUUUGUGCCUUGAUUUUGCGGAUAAAACUUGCAAUUCUGUAACCUAUAAUUUAAAAACCAAAGUCUGUUAUAUAACACGAAUAACGAAAGACACGGCUGGCUCCGUUUUAAUCGACAGUAAUGUGACAAACUACUUUGAAAGAGAGAGAUGCAAUGGGGAAAAGAGUGCAGUAUCUUGUAAUUUUGAUGAUGAUCAGGAGUUUUGUAAAUUUUAUCAAGAUACCGAUGACGAUUUUGACUGGGCAAGACAUAAAGGGCAAACAGGAACUUUUAAAACGGGUCCAAGUGAAGAUCAUACAACGGGCAGAGGUUAUUAUAUCUAUGUUGAAGCAACUAAUAGAAAAGCUGGUCAUUCAGCAAAGUUAAUUUCUCCAUUUCUACAAGCUCGAAAGAAAAUUUGUAUGGAAUUUUAUUACAACAUGUUUGGUGUUCAAGCUGGUCUAUUAACGAUUAAGCGGCGAGAAACCAAUAAAGUGGAAAGUAUUAUUUGGUCUAGAACUGUUCCAUCAGAUACAACAGAAUGGAGUAGAACUGUCGUUGAACUCCAACCUGGUCUUUUCCAAGUUGUUAUUGAAGGCGUUAUUGCGGAUGGUCCUCUUGGUGAUGUUGCUGUUGAUGACAUUAGAAUUGGAGAUUGCAAAACAAUACUUCCUGAAUGUAAAUACAACAAGUACGGUUCGGAGUUUCAGGGUUCUACAUUUACAUCAAGUAACACGAAUAAAUCAUGCAUCAAAUGGACAGAAAUGUUAUCGGUUAUAAAUAAAACUGUGGUAAAAGAACGUUUCGAAUUUCCAGGAACAAGUCUGGAAGAGGCCGAAAACUAUUGUCGAAAUCCUAAUCGAGAUCCAAAAGGACCGUGGUGUUACGUUUCUACGGAUGGUGAACGAGAGUAUUGCGACAUUCCCUUUUGCGCUUGUAAGAAAGAUGAUUUCUUAUGCACAAACAAUAAUUGUAUACCGAAGUACAAAUUAUGUAACGGCAAAGAUGAUUGUGGAGAUAAUUCCGAUGAGGAAAAGACUUGCUCAUCAAGCGCUAAUUGCGAUUUCGAGAAUACUUUUGUAUCUGGAUAUCGAAAUAGAAACACUUCAACCAAAACCAUUGAAUGGAAAAGAUUUAGAGGUUCUACGAAAUCCAGUGGAAGUGGUUACAGCAAUUUAAGGUUUGAUUACACUAAAAAAUCCUCUCUGGGUCAUUAUAUGUUGGUUGAUUCGAGUGUGGCUGGACAACCAGUUGGCGAACUGGCACAGUUGCUUUCUCCAGUUAUUAAUGAAAAUUCACAGCAAAAUUGUUUAAGAUUUUACUACUAUAUGUUCAAUUUUCAUGAAGAUCCAUCUAAAAUGGGAAAUCUAACAGUGAAGCUAUACUUUAAUGAUUUAGACAUUCGACCACUUUACCGUAUUGUUGGCCGGCAACCAGAUGGUUGGCAAUCUGCUUGGGUUACAAUUCCACAGACAAAUUUAUCAUACUCUCUUCUCUUCGAAGUAAAGAUUGGAGAACAAUUUACGUCCGAUAUUGCUAUUGAUGAUAUUAAAUUAGAUUUCGGGGAAUCGUGUGAAGAAUUGUUAAAUAUUCCUAUUAAACCAGUGCCGCUCGAUCCUGCAGAGUUUUUAUGCAAAUACGGAGAUAAAAUUAACAAAACGAAAUUCUGUGACGGAGUUGAGGAUUGCCCAGACGGAAGUGAUGAACUUCAAGACGAAUGCAUUCAGAGAAAUAAUGUAUCCUGCAUUUUUGACCAUGAUUAUAUGUGUGGAUAUAAAAUUGAAGGUUUAAACCGAACUAUGUGGCAAAAGAGCGAAUUAGUCAUAGAUGGCGUUAAGGAAAAGGUGAUAGAGACUAGACAUUUAUUAAAUUUUGGAUUUGCGACUGAAGUAAUUUCGCCAGUUUUUGAAUUGAAGGAAAAAGGAUGUUUGGAAAUUAAAAUUUAUGUUAGAUAUUUGCGCAGUUUAUUUUAUAGAUUUAGAGUUUACCAACAAUAUGAAAAAUCGAGAAGACUAUUAUUAGAUUUGAAUCCAGGAAACAUGUUAGUAAAGAAAUGGGAUAAAGUAUUAGUACCAGUACAUCUGGGUAAAAGUAAAGUAGUGAUUGUAAGACAUUCACUUAAUCCGUAUCCAUGGAAAGAAUUUGGCGACUUUCUUGCUAUAAAGGAAAUACAACUCCAUAAUGAAAAAUGUACAAGUGUUCAUAAAAGUUGGGGAGGUUUCUCCAAAACAUGUAAAUUUAAUUCUCCUGAUCUUUGUGGAUUUUCUCAAACUUAUGAUGAUAAUCAUAUUCGCUUCGCCUCAACCAAAUAUUAUUUUGCGAGCGAAGGAAUGGCUUCUCUAGCCCUAACAACCGAUGUAACUGACAUAUUGAAACCUUAUCGAUUGAUUUCACCCGAAUUUAACAUCACAAAACCAAGUUGUUUUCAGUUCUGGUUCCAAUAUAGUACUAUUCAUUUAGAUAAAAGCCAAGCCGCCAGGCAGUUUGCGGUUUAUUGGGAGAGCAAUGGAACAGAGGAAAAAAUAUGGAAUAUUAGUAAAAACGUACAAUUAUACGGUACCAAAUGGACAAAGGCAGAGUUGAAGGAAGGCUAUGGUAGAUUAAUUUUUGAAGUUUUCGGAAAAUUUCAUUAUAACUCAAUAAAUAUUGUUAACUAUACAAUUACGGAAGGACACUGUCCACUGCCUGAAGACGUUUGCAAAUCGACAAAGUACUGCUCGUCUGUUCCAUAUUGUAUACAAAGCUAUUUUUACUGUGAUGGCAUUCUAGACUGUCCAAUGGAAGAAGAUGAAAACAACUGUACUAUUUGUGGGCAUAGAAACACCAAAUGGUGUCCAAAAAAAAAAGAUGAGUUUUCAGGCUCAGGCUCAUCGGGUGAUAAUGAUCUCAACUCUGGGUCAGGUUCAGGUUCAAACUCAGGUGGAAAUGAAAUACAGUCGGAAUCAGGUUCAGGACUAGGAUUAGGAUUAGUAUCAGGAGCAGGAUCAGGAUCAGGAUCAGGAUCAGAUUCAGGCUCAGGAUCAGAACAGCGACUACAAUUAAGAUCAAAAUCAGGAUCAGAAUCAGAUUCUGAGCAGGAUUCAAGCUCAAAUGAAAAUGACUGGAAAAAUCAAGACACAUUUGACAAUAAUAAUAAACUAUCAUUACCACAACUACCUGGUUUGUUCUUUACUGGAACUACAGGCUUAAAUGAUAAUCUUCAGUCCCAAAAACUCCUCUAUUCUAAUACAUCCGAUAUUGAAAUUGAAAGUUUAAAAAUAUGGGAAAAAAUGAAAAAUCAGACUAUAGGAACAGUAGAAUCAAUAACUGUAAACAAUUUGAGAAGGUUUCAUACAGAUGCAGCACAUGAAAAACAAAAUCUCAUACAUAAAUGUUCAUGGGAAGGGGUUCCCUGCUCUCAUUUAAAUUUUUCCUCUAUUCUCACCGAUUACGGUUAUUGCCAUACUUUCAACUGGAAUGAAGACAACAUACUAACAACAACAAAAACUGGUUCAAGUUCAGGAUUGACUUUGAUCUUAAAUGUAGAAGAAUAUGAAUAUAUGAAAGGUCCGCAAAACGAUGCUGGAGUUAAAAUGUUUCUUCACAACGCAAAUGAAGUUCCUUUCGUAAGAGAUUUAGGUUUUGCAGCUGCUCCCGGUCUCCAUUCACUCGUCUCUGUUCAGUAUAGCGAGAAUGUUGGUUUACCGGAUCCAUGGGGCGUUUGUGGAACGAAACCAUUAAAAUAUUUCCCAAAAUAUACUUAUUCAGCUUGUGAGAGAGAAUGUGAAACAGAUGCAGUUGUGAAGCAAUGCGGUUGCAGGAACUCUUUUAUGCCACCGGAAGCUGAUAGAAAUCAAACGGUAUAUUGUACAACAGACCAAUAUUUCAAUUGCUUAGUUCAUACAAGAGGUACUUUGGGAUCGAAUAAGAAAAACUGCAAAUGCGUGGAGCCUUGUACAAUAACGGGAUAUCAGUCUUCAUUGUCUUAUUCAGCAAUAUCAUCUCUAAGUGUUGAAAAAUUGUUGAGUAUCAAUACACAAACUCUGAAGAAUAAUUUUUAUAAAGUAGAACAUCUGAAACAAAGAAUUGCUGGUUCAAAUUUUGUAAAUGACUUGAAAAUUUUAGAAAAUGUUUUACAUAGUUUUAAUGCUCUGUACAAAUAUGCAAAAGUAAAUACCUUAUCGUAUGAGAAGUCAAUCUUCUAUAAACUGAGAAGAUGUAUGGAUAGGAUGCUCUCAAUCUAUCGAUCUGAUAUGGAACUGAUAUAUCCUAUUCUUAAUCAAUAUUACGAUGCUUAUGAAGAAGCUUAUGGUACAAGUAGAUUAGCCAUGAAAUCAUCGUUUGAAUCUAUCCAAAUUAAAUCAGCUGCUGUUUUACAAAAAGCUCUAAACAGUUCAAAAUACACUGAUGUUAAGAAUGAUGAAAUGAUAUCUUUAGUUGCCGAAUAUAAUACCACAAUUGAUCUAAUUGACCGCUUUCAGAUUUAUGUUGAAGAAAGAAAGUCUCCCUUUAUUUUAAACGUAACGACAACUGAUAAAUUACCUCCAAAACAAUAUAUCACUGAAAGUAGAGCUGAACAGUGCGAUGAAUACAAAAAGAAAAAUAUUUUUCUAAUAAAUAGCAUAAUUCGUACCUUAUCCCUUCUAGACGCAAAACAAUUGAAAUGGGAAUUUAAAAGGGACUACUCCAGCCUUUCCAAAAACGGUAAAGAGUAUAUGGGCUGUUUAGAAGAAUAUUAUUCAAUUGUUAAACACUUUGGAGAAUGGCAAGAAGAAAAAGAAAAAAGUAUUAAAGCUUUACUGAGAGAUGAAGGAUUAUUCCCGGAAAUUCAAAAUUUUGACUUUGAAGCAGAAUGGGAAGAAAUUGAUUACGUGAAAGAAAAAGUACUUGAUUUCAUGGAAGAAUAUAUGAAACAUUCAACGAAUAAACUCGAUAACAAACACAAUCUAGAUUCUUCGAUAAUAAAUCAAGCAAUCAGCAAUAUUAAUUCAUUUAUUCGUAAAAUUCAAACUCGUCUUGUUGAUACAAUGAGAAACAAAGUUUCUGUGACUUCCCGUUCUAUAAAAAGUGGCUAUUCGGAUGCUAUCGAAAGAAUCGAACGAAUUUUUCCAUAUCAGAGUGAAAAGGGACGUGAAAUUUUAUCAUCAAUUUCGCAAAAUCUGUCGAUAUGGUGGAGACCGCGAGCAAACGUAGAAGAGCCAUCGACGCCGUAUCGAGGAGAUCUCUAUUUAAGUAUUCCAAGCAACUUGACGACGUUUCGCGAGAAAUUGCUUGAAAUUAAUUUACAGGAAAUCCUAGAUGAAUACUUUGCUCCUGUAAGAAGUUCUUUGGCUCAUUUUGAAAACUUUAUGUCUGAUUUGGAAGCGAAUUUAAUUAAGCCAUUACAACAAUUAUCAACUAGUAUUAAUGAUUAUAUCAUAAAAACGAAGAUAAAUGAAAAGUUUGUUCUGGACAACUUUAUUACUGUCGACGUCUUUUUUGCACAACUGAAAUAUCAAAAGAUUGAACAACAAGUUGCGUAUGAUAUAAGUAACUUCUUUAGCGAAGUGGGUGGUUUUCUUGGUCUUUUUCUUGGUGGGAGCGUUUUGAGUCUAUUGGAAUUAUUUGAUUUUAUGCUUAACCUUCUAACCAGAAGAUUGCAUUUGAAAUCGUCGAAAGUUUCAGAUUCUACUAUCACGCUAAAAUAA